CGCGGUGACCCACAUCGGCUGCCGGCAGGGGUAUUCACAGAAGAGGGUCCAGCCGAGGUAACGCCUGAAAAGGCUCACCUCGGACAUGCCUUCACACGAACAACCGAACAAGACAUGCGUAGGUGACGUGACACAUGGGAUGUCUGGAGAGCUACAUAUGAACGGCCGGCGGUAGGAGGCACCGCUGAAUCCUCAUACCGAAACCAUCGAAACAAAGAUUGCUGCGCAAUGACGGUCCCAAGGUCGGAAUAUCUCAGCAACGUCUGGGCCGAUGGCAUUUUUGCCGGCCGCGUGCUCUUCAUUACCGGCGGUGCCGGCAGCAUCGGCAGCGCCCAGACGCGGGCGCUCGUACAUCUCGGCGCGAAUGCCUGCAUUGUUGGUCGCAGCGUGGAAAAGACCGAGGCUGCAGCGAGAGAGAUCGCAAAGGUCCGCGAUGGCGCCCGCGUACUGGGCCUUGGCGGCGUUGAUGUCCGGAACUUCGAGGCCCUGAAAGCCGCAGCAGACCGCUGCGUGGCCGAGCUAGGCGCCAUCGAUUUUGUAAUCGCCGGCGCAGCAGGCAACUUCGUCGCGCCCAUCUCCGGCCUCAGCCCGAACGCCUUCAAGACGGUGCUCGAGAUCGACACGCUGGGCACGUUCCACACGCUCAAGGCGACGCUGCCGCACCUGCUCGCCUCGGCGGCGCGCAACCGGAACCCGUCGCCCUCGGGCCUCACCGGCGGCCGCUUCCUCGCCGUCUCGGUGACCUUCCACUACACGGGCAUGCCGCUGCAGGCGCACGUGUCCGCGGCCAAGGCCGCCGUCGACGCGCUCACUGCCACCGCGGCCCUCGAGUACGGCCCCAUGGGCCUGACCGCCAACUGCCUGGCGCCCGGCGCGAUCGCGGGCACGGAGGGCAUGGCGCGGCUGGCCAGCAGGCUGGUGACGGACGGGACGAAGGGCGAGGCCGACGCGGCGACCGCGACGGCCGGGCGCACCGUGCCGAGCGGGCGGUGGGGCACCGUGCGCGACAUCGCGGACGCGACCGUGUUCCUGUUCAGCGAUGCCGGCAAUUACAUCAACGGCACGACCAUCGUGGUCGACGGCGCCGGCUGGCGGCGGCCUGGGGAGAACGCGGUCGGCUUGGAUCCCGAUAUGCGGUACCCGGAUUUCUUGCUGAAGGGGGAGUUCAGUCGGCAUGUCAAGGAUGGGAGGCGGAAGGCGAAGCUGUGAGAUGAGAGGGUGGGUGGGCAAAGGGGUUGUGUAUAGAUGCUGAUGCCGGGGCGAGCGCCGGGGCGGUCAGGUCUAGGCGGGCCUGAAGUGGAGAGCAUUGUUGG